AAGGACUCUUAGGGUUACAGAUUCUUCCCCAAAUCUCCUUCUCUCUUCCUCAGCUGAUUUCAACUCCGAUCAAUUUUCUAGGUGUUUGAAGGCAUUUGAAAGGAUGGGAGACAAUGGGAAAGAUGAAAUUAUGGUCGAGGCAUCUCAAUGCGCCAGUGCUAUGGUUGAGAUAAAGAUAAAGACUUUGGAUUCUCAAACGUACACCUUACGCGUAGAUAAAUGCGUCCCUGUUCCUGCAUUGAAGGAGCAAGUUGCUUCCGUUACUGGUGUCGUUACGGAACAACAACGCUUGAUAUGUCGUGGAAAAGUUAUGAAGGAUGAUCAACUCCUAUCAGCUUAUCAUGUUGAAGAUGGCCACACUCUGCAUUUGGUAGUCAGACAACCUGUAUCAGAGAGUUCAACUAGUAAUGCAGCGGCUGAUCCUGCUUUGAGUGCUGGUGACAGCCAGGGCAGUCAACGAUCACGAGUUGUAGUAGGAUCCUUCAACAUUGCUGAACAAGCAGAUGGAGUCUAUUCAGAACUUGGUCAGAUAGUUUCAGCAGUUCUGGGUUCACUUGGGAUCUCUAAUCCAGAAGGUGGUAUUGAAGGGAUUGAUACUAUGGGUCCUCUUCAUGAGAGGCUGUCUCGGAGUUCUGGUCCUAGCACUGUAAGAGAUUCUUCCGGAGGGCGAGCUGCCACACCAAAUGCUGUGGACCAGACGUCUACCCCCUUGACAUCUUCACAACCAGCAGCGAUUCCAGAUUCAUUGACAACCUUAUCUGAAUAUCUGAAUCAUCUGAGACAAGAAUUUGCUGCUAAUGGUAGCAAUGCUAAUAACUUGCAAGAUUCUGAAAAUUCAAUGGGCAAUGUGCAAGAUUCUGCUUCUACUACUGGAGAGAGUCGGAUUCCAAGACCAUCUCAUUUGGCAGAAGUGCUGCAAUCGACAAGGCAAUUGUUGAUCGGUGAAGUAGCAGAUUGCUUAACUAAUCUUUCGAGGCAGCUCGUGGAUCAUGUAAAUGUGACCGAUCCGCCAACCCGAAGGUUGUGCCAGUCAAACAUGCUUCAAUCAGGAUCCCUCUUGGAGAGUUUAGGCAUUUCACUCCUGGAGCUUGGCCGUGCCACGAUGAUGCUUCGUUUGGGACAAACACCUGAUGAUGCUGUUGUUAAUGCUGGGCCUGCAGUGUUCAUAUCCCCUACAGGGAGAAAUCCCUUGCCUUCACACUCCUCUCGGCUGGGGACGAGUAUUGGAGGCUUACAAGCAGGAACCGCACAUUCUAACCCUUUUGCUGGACAAUCACUUGCCUCUGCCCCAAGAAAUAUUGAGAUAAGAAUACGUACAGGAUCUUGGGUGCCCGCCAGUGGGACCAACCAGAGAGAAGAAAGUACUACACAACAAACCCCUGGGCAGUCAAUCCCUUCAGCACCUAGUAGCACUACUGAUUCUGCCCCCUCAACAAGAGGUUCGGCUGAACCUCCUCGUAACCCUGUGGCCUUAGUUAUACCAGUUGUUGCUCGAUAUCAGCAGAUAUCUCUUGGUGAACGCAGCUCUACUGGAUUGGAUGGUGUACAUCAGCCUGUUACUGAAUCUUCUAGGCAGCCACAGAGCGCCAGUACUCCAGGAAGAGAAGGUGAUAGCAGUGCUUCUCCUGGCGGUCGGGGUUUGUCUGAAUUGAGAAACAGAAUCCAUCAGUUUUUGAGGCCCUUAUCUCGUCGAGAACACCAAGCCGGGAGCACGGAGUCUCAGGGUGCAGCAAAUCCCUCUGCCACAGCGUCCACAGAAACAAACGAAGCAGUUGCAAAUGCACAAGCAGAGCCGGCAACUACGAUGGAUGAAGGGAAUUUCAUAUCAAGUGUUCUUCAGCAGAUCAUGCCCUUUAUAUCUCAAAACGUAGCCUCGUCAAGCUCAGGUGAAGCUGCUACAGGCAGAGGCAGCAACAGCAGUAGACAAGCCUCUUCAAGAGAGGAGGAGGAAGGUACAGCGCGAGGGGAUUCAAAUCGGAGACCUGAACCACCGUCACCUCCAGAGUCGAAACGUCAGAGGAGAGAGUGAGAGAUUGUUGGCGCAAAAGCGAAGAGUGGGGAAGCACACUUUUUGAAGAACGAUAGUUUUUUUUUUUUUUUUUUUUUAACUUAUGUGGUAAUUUAUUCUAAGCUUUUGAUUGUUCUUUCAAUGGUAUUGGUGGUGUUAACCAAAACAUCUCCAUUUUUUUUUGUUUUUUAUGUUACUUUCUCUCACCCAAAACAUUUUCAGUUCUUGUACUCGAAUAAUAAACUUAAGUGCAUAUA